CCGGGCCGCGCCGCCGCCGCCGAGCAGCAGCCCCGCGCGCCGCGCCUCGGGAACAAAGGCGCCCGCCGCCCGCCGCCGCCGCCAUGAAACCGGGGCCACCGCGCCGAGCCGGGGCCGCUCACGGGGCAGGCGCAGGGACCGGGGCUGCGGCUGGGCCCGGGGCCCGCGGGCUGCUGCUGCCGCCACUGCUGCUGCUACUGCUGGCCGGGCGCGCCGCGGGGACUCAGCGCUGGCGCAGUGAGAACUUUGAGAGGCCCGUGGACCUCGAGGGCUCCGGGGACGACGACUCCUUCCCUGAUGAUGAGCUGGACGACCUGUACUCGGGGUCUGGCUCGGGCUACUUCGAGCAGGAGUCAGGCAUUGAGACGGCCAUGCGCUUCAGCACAGACGUGGCCCUGGCGGUGUCCACCACGCCUGCUGUGCUACCUACCAUGGACAUCCAGCCCGUGGGCACCCCGUUUGAAGAGCUCCCCUCUGAGCGUCCCACCCCAGAGCCGGCCACUAGCCUCCCGGUGGUGACAGAGGUCCCAGAAGAGCCCAGCCAGAGAGCCACCACCAUCUCCACUCCCACGGCCACCACUGCUGCCACGACCACAGGGGCCCCGACCGUGGCCUUGGUGCCUGCCACAGUGGCCACCGCCGCUCCCAGCAUCCCUGCGGCGCCCCCUUCCUCGGCCACCACCUCUGUCGUAAGGACCACCGGCAUACGGAGGCUUCUUCCUCUUCCACUGACCACGGCAGCCACAACCCGGGCCACCACCCCAGCGGUGCCCUCGCCUCCCACCACGGUGGCUGUCUUGGACACAGAGGCCCCAACACCCGGGCUAGUCAGUACAGCUACCUCCAGGCCAAGUGCCCUUCCCAGGCCAGCGACCACCCAGGAGCCUGACACCCCUGAGAAGAGCACCCUGCCCCUGGGGACCACUGCCCCUGGACCGACGGAGGUGGCUCAGACCCCAACUCCAGAGUCCUUCCUGACUACCAUCCGGGAUGAGCCAGAGGUACCAGUGAGUGGGGGGCCCAGCGGGGACUUUGAGCUGCCGGAGGAAGAGACCACGCAGCCAGACACAGCCAAUGAGGUGGUGGCAGUGGGUGGGGCAGCGGCUAAGCCAUCGCCUCCGCCCGGGACGCUGCCCAAGGGUGCUCGCCCAGGCCCUGGCCUCCUGGACAAUGCCAUUGAGUCGGGCAGCUCGGCGGCUCAGCUGCCACAGAAGAGCAUCCUGGAGCGGAAGGAGGUGCUUGUAGCCGUGAUUGUGGGCGGGGUGGUGGGUGCCCUCUUCGCCGCCUUCCUGGUCACCCUGCUCAUCUACCGCAUGAAGAAGAAGGACGAGGGCAGCUACACACUGGAGGAGCCCAAGCAGGCGAGCGUCACGUACCAGAAGCCUGACAAGCAGGAGGAGUUCUACGCCUAGCGGAGCCACAGUGCCUCCUCAGAGCCUCAGCGUCACCCUCCACCCAGUCCCUGGCCUGUCCCACCAGCCCUGGCCAGGGGACCGGGCCGGGGAGGGAGCCUGGCCCCAGUUCACCUCUGCCCACCCUCCCAAGGUCUGCCCAGACCGCCAGCCUCAUACUGAUCUUCCCCAAGGCACAGGUGCACCGCUAUCUGCCCUGGACUGUGCUCUUCCGAGCUCAUCUCUCGUCCUCCGCCAGCCUGGGGCUUCAGGACCUCAUGUCAGAUGGCUAGGAGGAAAGAAGCUCCCGAGAGGCUGGGGGAAGGAAGGGUGGGGCUUGAGAUGGGCUUGAACUCCAACCUGGCCCCACGGGCUGGCCGAGGUCUUCUUUUAAGGGCAGAGAGGCACUCAGGCUGGUUCCUAGGAUAAACAUUUACAAGCUCAACCUUGAAAUCGAGACACUGCCACCUCUUGCUUCUGUCCCAGGGCCCCUCUACCCCGGUGAGAGUGUGUCCUUUGCCGCCUGGCUUGCCCCAGGUUGUGGGGUCACUCUCCCUUGCCCCGCCCACUGCACAUGCACCUGAAGGUUUCACCUCUGCCCCAUCUGUCCCUGAGGAGUUGGCUUCCCAAGAGUAUCCUGGCAGCCACGGGUGAGGGGGGCUGGCCGGGCUGCCCGGACCUCCCUCUUGCGAGUGGACUCUGCACAGACACCGUCCCCCGCAAGGUCACACGUAUGGUCACGCCCAAAGACAAAAGCACGAAAUGACAAAACCAUGUGCAAUCCUGACCACCCUGGCAGUCCAGGCUCGUCACGCACACACAUUCCCCCGAAGGCGUUUCUUCUCAUGCGUUUCUCAUGCACCCUCAAACGUUUACAGCAAUGCAAGUCACGAGUCAUUGUCACCCCGUGGUGACGGCGUGGCCUGUUUCUCUCACCGCCUCUCCCCCGUCCACAUACACACAUGGUCCGGCAGCGUACACGUUGUCCUCUAGCUUUCGGGCUCCCUGGGGAGGGUGGAGUCAAGCCGGAACAGUCAGCCCAUAUUGGGUCCCCCCAGUUGCCCUGUCAUGCUCAGUUCCUCACCAGAGCGCUCCCCCCACCAACCGCAUUGCCACUGGCCCCCGCGUGUCAGACACAAUCCUGCGUGGAUGCACAGUCUUGCCCCACGCGGCCCACUCUCACGCUGGAGGAGACCAGGUGGGCCCUGGCUUUUCCCACAGAGGGAGGUGUGGGAGGACGUUGCCUCAAGGCCUUGCACGUCCCCACCUCCCCGCCUGCUUCUCUCUUCUCUGUAGCCCGAGGGGUCGGUUUGGGGGCCAGUCCCCCACUAGCCGGGAGCCUUGCUGAGGAAGGCAGGCUAGUUCCUGGAAGCUGGCCUCUGGCUGGGCAGGGGACUUGGGUCUCCCAGGACCAAAGGCCCCAGGUGGGGAGGGAGCCUGCGGACUGGCUCCUGGUCUCCCCACAGCCCCCUCCUGCUCUGAGCGAGGGGCCGACUCUGCCUCCCAGGACACAAGUCUCCAAAGUGCCUGUGAGGGUGGGCCCUGCCGCCUGGGCCCUCUGCACCCUCCCCCCUUGGCCUCGCCAGGCCCACCUCAGCCCUGCCCCAGGGUCCUCCCUGGGCCUUCCCCGUGGACACCUUGCCCACUUACUUGGCCAAACAACUUGGCGGUUCCCCUGGCUGCAGCCAGAUGGACCUGCAGCUGGAAGCAGCCCAUCCAGACACACUGCCCGGGGUUGAGGGCUGAGAGCAGGUCGGGGCAGGGGUGUCACGGGCCCCCCACUUGCCUCCCCCUUCUUUACCCUUGCGAGAAGGGCCACUUCUGUGGCUAUUUUAAAUGUGGGGUCACAAACCUUUGGGGAAGGUGCCCUCAGCAGGGGCAUCUAGAGCCCCGAGACGUGGUCUGCUCAGUAGUAGGCUGGUGCUCACACCCCCACCCCUCACCUACCAUCCGGAUUAAAGCCAGGAACCCAGGUUUUAUUUGUUUCCUUUUCAAGAUGCGCUGGCAACAGACUUCCGCUGGGUGAGGGGUGAGAGUGCCUGAGUCAGCGAGGGCCAGGCUCCAGGGCCUUCCACGGCCUGCCUGUUCCGCCACCCUCCUUCCAGCCUGGGGCUCCAUCUCACAGACCCCCAUGCCCCUCUCAGCAGGGCCUGGAGGCUUGUGAGGAACCCAGGUGGUCCCAGCCUUGGGGGGGGGGCGGGACUGGGGGGAGGCAUCCCGGGCCCACGAACUGCUGGAGGUGGCCUGACCUCAGUCACCUCUGGAGCUGAAGGGCUGGGACACGGGGGUAGAGGACACCGAAGUCCCAGCCUCCCUCUCCCCUGGUCCCCGGUGGGUUGCUGUUUUGAGGCAGCAGCUCUGGUGAGAAGGCCUAGGCAGGCCGAGGCUGAGAAACCAGAGAGCACGGAGCAGAGAAGACCUGGACCCCCCCGGGAGGCCCAGAGGUGCUGGGACCAGGUCAGACCCACGGCGGGGGGCAGGGCCCAGCACAGGAUGCGUGACUCGGGUUUAGGCUGGCUGGAGUGGGCUUGGCGUGGCCUGCGUGGGUCCAGCUUGGCUUCCAACUUGAGGCUUUGCCUUCUGGCGCCGGCCUCUUCUCUGUGUCCUUAGCCUUUGAAAGAAAAGGCUAAGGCCCUCGUUCAUUGAGCCCUGGACCCAAGACAAAUAUCCAGGCUUUAUCCUUAUGAAGUUCAACAGUCCGACCAGGCCACAUCCUCUCAGGCCAGCCCGAGUCGGGCAAGGCAAUCCAAGAGAGGUCGGUUCAGAGGACGAGCUGGAGCUCUCCUAGGUGCAAUGUGGGUGCAGGGCCAGCCCCAGUAGGUCCCCAGAUACCCCAGUGCUCCUGGGGAGGGUGUCCAGCGGGCCCUGGCAUUUCCUGAAAGCAGGGCCGAUGCCAAAGGAGAGGGAGUUCGCAGGGGUAAGAACCUCUCGAGGGCCUGGGCUGCCAGGGAGCAUGAGGCUGGCUGGGGGUUGCAGGUGGGGCCCACGCCCAGUUGCAAUUUCUAGAGCCAGGCUCUAUCUCCCCGGGGGGUCAGAGGGGGUACCUCUUCUGAAAGGCUGGGCCUGGCAGGUCUGCGGGCAGUGGCUUGGGGAGCUCAGGCGGGGACCUCCUGGGCUUGGCAAAGGCAUCGGUCCAAGCCCUGGGCACAGGGAGCAAACCCAUCUCUGUCUCUCGGGCAGGAGUGGCCUGACUUUCUUCUGACAGCCACCCCCCCGCCCCCCCAGACCUGCUUCCCCAGGCCUCCUGCCUGUAAAUAGAAGCUCACAAACUGUACAGAUUUACAGAGAUGCUUGAGACCGGGUCCUGGAGUUGCUAAGUGCUGAUGGCCCAGGUACCCCCCGGCAGCUCGGCGCACCUAGCCCCAGCGUGGCGAAUGCAUGUACAUAUUUUUUGUAGGCAGUGUGGCUCCAGAGAGCCCCCUGAAGACAGUGUCCCUCCCGUGCGUCCUUUCUCCUGUACAGAGCCCUCCAAGAACCUGGCCAGGGGCGGGUGGCAGUUUGUCCUCCUCUGCCCCAGGCCUUCCCUGUCCUCUCUCCCCAUAACCUGUUUAUUAACCACACCUGUCCUGAGUUCAUGGCCAAAACUUUAAGAAUGGAGGGAAAAGACGGGAAAACGACCAAGGCACCUGCCCUGCUGUGGGUGCUCAUCUGUCCCAGAAGGAACUAUUUGGGCUUUUUUUGUUUGUUUUGCUUUGUUUUUUUUUUUGUUUGUUUGUUUUCUUUUUUAACACUUCCCGUGCUGUGCCCAUUUAUAAGAGGAAAUAAAAUUAAGCUGAAAUGAUGCACUGUAGCCAGAGUGUGAGAUAAAUACAGAGGUCAUUGAG